GGCGCAGCGUCGCACCUCUGCCCAAUGAGGUGCCCCUGACGUGCCUGCUGCGGCUGCCCUGCUCCCCCCAGCCCCCCUGCAUCCCGGGAUGGGGGAGGGCGCCAGGCGCAGCUCCCGGGCCCUCAGGGGUCUCCCCGCCCUACCCCACCAGCCUGGGUUCGGUACCGCGGGGCCCAGAUGUGCAGUCAGCUGUUAGUGUGGCAAAAUUUGGGGAAGGCCUGUGCAGCCGCAAAAUCCAGUUCCCACCAGCUGGGGGCCGGGCGGGGAAGGGUGGGGACAGACAGCACUCCGCUGUGGGAGGCAAGGCCAGGCGGGUGCUGCCUGGGACCCAGUGACUCAGCACCCCUGCCCGGAUCAACUGGACUUUUGCCCCCUGCUCCGCCAGCCUCCUGCUUGGAUCUCUCCUGGGUCUCCCUGCUGCGCCUGUCCAGGAUGCAGGGAGCUCGGGCUCCCAGGGACCAGGGCCAGUCCCCCGGCAGGAUGAGCGCUGUAGGCCGGUCCUCGGUCAUCUUGCUUACCUACGUGCUGGCCGCCACAGAACUUACCUGCCUCUUCAUGCAGUUCUCCGUCGUGCCAUACCUGUCUCGGAAACUGGGCCUGGAUUCCAUUGCCUUCGGCUACCUGCAAACCACCUUCGGGGUGCUGCAGCUGCUGGGCGGGCCGGUGUUUGGCAGGUUCGCGGACCAGCGCGGGGCGCGGGCGGCGCUCACCCUCUCCUUCCUGGCUGCCUUGGCGCUCUACCUGCUCCUGGCGGCCGCCUCCAGCCCGGCCCUGCCCGGGGUCUACCUGCUCUUCGCCUCGCGCCUGCCCGGAGCGCUCAUGCACACGCUGCCAGCCGCCCAGAUGGUCAUCACCGACCUGUCGGCACCCGAGGAGCGGCCGGCGGCCCUGGGCCGGCUGGGCCUCUGCUUCGGCGUCGGAGUCAUCCUCGGCUCCCUGCUGGGCGGGACCCUGGUCUCCGCGUACGGGAUUCAGUGCCCGGCCAUCCUGGCUGCCCUGGCCACCCUCCUGGGAGCUGUCCUCAGCUUCACCUGCAUCCCCGCCAGCACCAAAGGGGCCAAAACUGACGCCCAGGCUCCACUGCCAGGCGGCCCCCGGGCCAGUGUGUUCGACCUGAAGGCCAUCGCCUCCCUGCUGCGGCUGCCAGACGUCCCGAGGAUCUUCCUGGUGAAGGUGGCCUCCAACUUCCCCACAGGGCUCUUCAUGGUCAUGUUCUCCAUCAUCUCCAUGGACUUCUUCCAGCUGGAGGCCGCCCAAGCUGGCUACCUCAUGUCCUUCUUCGGGCUCCUCCAGAUGGUGACCCAGGGCCUGGUCAUCGGGCAGCUGAGCAGCCACUUCUCGGAGGAGGCGCUGCUCCGGGCCAGCGUGCUGGUCUUCAUCGUGGUGGGCCUGGCCAUGGCCUGGAUGUCCAGCGUCUUCCACUUCUGCCUGCUGGUGCCCGGCCUGGUGUUCAGCCUCUGCACCCUCAACGUGGUCACCGACAGCAUGCUGACCAAGGCUGUCUCCACCUCGGACACAGGGACCAUGCUGGGCCUCUGCGCCUCUGUACAACCACUGCUCCGAACUCUGGGACCCACGGUCGGCGGCCUCCUGUACCGCAGCUUUGGUGUCCCCGUCUUCGGCCACGUGCAGGUUGCUAUCAAUACCCUUGUCCUCCUGGUCCUCUGGAGGAAACCUAUGCCCCAGAGGAAGGACAAAGUCCGGUGACCGCUGCCCAGACACAGACUGGCAAUAAACUCCUACUAAAUCCCUCA